AUGGUUACCUGCAGCAGGUUGCCGAGCGAGGACGGUUCCGUCAUCAGCAACGAAUCAGAGAAGCUCAACUCUGGUCGGGGCUCGGCGGCUCAGAAAGUCACAGCACAGCAGAAAUUGACAAAGGAGGAGACACGCAAGAAGAACGAUCCCUACGACACCUCGUUUGGUUCCCUGCAGCUUAUUUCCAUAAAGCCCAUGACUGCUCCGCCCACCUAUUCACACCCCGCCUCCUCUGACCGCAGCCAAGACUCAGCCAUCCUCAAUGGAAAUGGAGAGGUGAACCUAGCUCUGAAGCAGAAGUCCGACAUAGAGCACUACAGGAACAAGCUGAGGCUGAAGGCCAAGAGGAAAGGGUACUAUGACUUCCCCUCAGCGGACGGCAGCGGGAGGGGUAGCAGGGCGCUGGCAGAGAGGCAGAGACACGGACAUGAGAGGGCACCUGGUGAGCAUGGCCCACCACUGGAGCCUGAUGAAGACCGAGCAUCCACCUACGUCAAGUCUAGCAGGAGACACUCUCAGGUGAGGCAGCGGACCUAUCGGAGCAGGCAGAGCCUGAACAGCCCGAGUACCGGAGGAACAGAGAUGGACCUGCUGGUUAUGAGGGAGAGACCCAGGAGAGGCAUCAGGAACAGUGGCUAUGACACUGAACCGGAGCUGAUUGAGGAGACCAACGUGGAUCGUCUGAUUGGCCCGCGGGGGGGUUAUGUCUGCCCCAGAGGGGUCAAAGGUCACUCAGAGACCUCCACGUUGAGCUCCCAGCCGUCCAUCGACGAGGUACGCCAGCAGAUGCACCUGCUCUUGGAGGAGGCCUUCAGCCUGGCCUCAGGGGGACACUCCUCCACAGCCGGACGCCACCACCACUCCCAUCAUCCCCACCACGGUUACCACCACGGCCACUACAGCCCCGGACCUCCACCCCUGCCCUACUCUGACGUGGUGACCAGUGCCCCCCUCUCCAUGAGCCGUUCCUGGGGAGGUUGCAGUGACUCAUCAAUGAAUAUGAAGACAUGUAUCAGUGCAGCCUCCCCAAACCUAUCAGCACUCCCCAGUCCCCCCUCUCCAGAGCAGCACUCCCCUCAGUCCCCUCUCCAGAGCAGCACUCCCCUCAGUCCCCUGGUCUCUCCAGAGCAGCACUCCCCUCAGUCCCCCUCUCCAGAGGCACUCCCCUUCAAAGCAGAACAGCCGAUGUCCACCUACUCAGGUGGCUCUCCCGGGGUACGUGGAGGCCUUCCCUCAUCCCCGCUACCCUCAAGGCAGCUCCCCCAGACUCCCCCUACACUAUGGCCAGGCCAUGGAGCCACCCCCCACCCCGACCACCGCCGCGUCCCAGCAGAGCCUGCCCGAUGCGGGGGAGCCCAGAGACAGAGUCCCCUCAGCAGUCUCUCCACAUCCGCCCUGGUCCAGGCCAUCCGCCAGGAGGUGGCAAAGCUGGCCAAGAAGCAGACAGACAUGUUUGAGUUCCAGGUGUAA